UUUUCCGGGUCAUGUGACACGUUACGCAUUACGACGACCACGCCCACCUCCGUGCGUGCUGUUGCGUUUGGGUCUCCGGCAACAGGGUCGGACAAACGUAGAUGUACAUUUGAUAAGGUUUUCAUCGUAUUACAUUUAUUUUUCCUGGCAUAUUUUCCUGAUCUCCAUGCUUGUUUCUUUACUUCCUGAUUUAUUUUUCUCACAGCCAUCAUUUCCUUCCUUCCUUUCUUUUUUUUGUUUUCUUCCUUGUUUCCUUCCUUCUGCCCUAUAUUUCACAGACCCACUUUGUUCCUAGCAACGUUUCCUUGCUUCCUUGCGUGUCAAAAUAGCCAUUCCAUUACUGCCUGUUGGUGGUCAAGCCUGUUCAUUACAGCAAUUAUAGUUUCUGUUCAUCAAUUAAAACUCACUUUUAGUCUAUGACUUGGAAUUGUUUGUUUUAUGAUGUCUGCUGUGUUUGUAUUUCCUUCAACGAUUCCUCAACAUAUGCUUCGUGCUUCAGGCUCCCAAUGAAUAAUGCAGCAGACUCAUUGUACCUGGCCAGCAUCUUCGUUGGCCUGCGACCUCUACAUCGCUGUUCCGGGAUCUGCUGUUUUCGGCGAGUCACAGUAACCGGAGAGCACCUCUAGCAAAAAAGUGCUUAUCGUGUAUCCACGGGAGGCUUGGUAGAAAUCAUGGAAGGCUUGGUGUGUUCGGAAACAAAAUGCAGGUAUGGAAAUGGAUUUUUUUUUGGUAUCAAACUAAAAGCAUGUUGUUUUUAGAAUAGAGGGAAAGCGUGAUGUAACUCUAAACCUUGUUGCCAUUUUGAAUGUAAGCACCUUCCGUUUUUAUCCCUAAUGGAACAUUAUUGAUCCAAGCCGUUGGAAGAUUGAGGUCGAUUGAUGCUAUUUUUUUUUCUCACCUUCAUCCCCAGAGCAUAAUUUUUGUAUUUGUUCUCAGUUUUGUUACAAGACAUUUGCUAUAUGAUAUUUGUCAUAACCUUCCAAGUGACAGUGACAAGUGGCCGCUUCGAUCCAGAAUGGCCCACUUUCCGUGUCUUGAUCUUCUUGAGACUUUUAAUGUCAAUGACUAAAUGUUAAAUGUUAACCGUGUGGACUACGCCCAUUGCAGGGUCCAAACGGGCCAAAGGUCCUUUCCUCUAGAGUGAUAAGCUGUUUUCCUGCUUCCUGCCUCGUCUGCUGAGGACAAGACGCUGUCGAUCGGGUCCGCUCUGGUGGUGGUCUGAGGGGGGGGGCGUUUGGAUUUCCAGCUGAACUGUCACGGCCACCAUGCACAAAAAGAUGACCCACAUUUCCAGGGAGGACCUGGAAGACCUCCGAGAGGCGUUCAAUAAAGUCGACAUCGAUAACAGCGGCUAUGUGAGCAACUUUGAGCUCCAGGAGCUGUUCCGCGAGGCCAGCUUCUCCUUGGCCGGAUAUCAAGUGCGUGAAAUUUUGGAGACCUUUGCGGCCGGCGACACCAACAAGGAUGAGAAGAUCAGCUUUGAGGAGUUUGUCGCUAUCUAUCAGGAGCUGAAGAGCAAGAAGCUCAGUGAGACCUUCCGCAAAUCCAUCACCAGGAGGGAUGGCAUCCAGUCCUUUGGGGGGAUGUCGGGAAUCUCAAGCGUGGGGACACAACACUCCUACUCAGAUGAGGAGAAGGUGGCGUUUGUCAACUGGAUCAACAAAGCGUUGGCCAAAGAUCCCGACUGCAGCCACCUACUCCCCAUGAACCCCAACGAUAACAGCCUCUUCACCUCCGUCCGCGACGGCAUCCUGCUGUGCAAAAUGAUUAACCUGUCCCAGCCCGACACGAUCGACGAGCGAGUCAUCAACACACGGAAGCUGACGACUUUCACGAUGACCGAAAAUCUUGUCCUGGCGCUAAACUCAGCCUCGGCCAUCGGCUGCACGGUGGUGAACAUCGACGCGCUUGAUCUGAUGGUUGGGAAACCUCAUUUGGUGCUGGGAUUAUUCUGGCAGAUUAUCAAAGUGGGCCUCUUUGCUGAUAUCGAAAUAAGCCGCAACGAAGGCAUGAUUUCCCUCCUGAGCGAGGGAAAGAGUCUGGACCACCUGAUGUCUCUCUCUCCUGAAGAAUUGCUGCUCCGCUGGGUUAACUACCAUUUGUCCAACGCCGGCACCCAAACCAUUAACAACUUCAGCGAGGACAUCAAGGUCCCUUUGACAACAAACACAUUUUAUGGGUCGGAUUUGUGGACCUUAUCGGGCCUCCUUGUUCCGCAGGACUCUCGGGCUUACUUCCACCUCCUGGACCAGAUUGCUCCCCGUGGAGAGCACGACUUCAUGAGUGUCAAAAUUGACAUGAGCGGCCUGAACGAGCGGGACCCGGACCAGCGGGCCGAGCUGAUGCUGCAGCAGGCGUCCCGUCUGGACUGCCGGCAGUUUGUGACGGCGCGUGACGUCACCGCCGGCAACAGCAAGCUCAACAUGGCCUUCGUGGCCAACCUGUUCAACACGCACCCGGCCCUCCAGAGCGGCCACGUCAACGGCUUGGAGGCCGACCGACCGGAGCCCGAGAGCAGAGAGGAGAAGACCUUCCGCAACUGGAUCAACUCGCUUGGCGUCAAUCCUUACGUCAACCACAUGUACCACGAUCUAUGCGACGGUUUGGUGAUCCUGCAGCUCUACGAGAAGGUGAACGUUCCUGUCAACUGGAAGAAAGUCAACCAGCCUCCGUACCCUGCCCUGGGCGCCAAUAUGAAAAAGCUGGAGAACUGCAACUACGCCGUGGGCCUGGGCAGGAACGUGGCACACUUCUCUCUCGUGGGCAUCGGCGGUGAGAACUUGAACGAGGGGAGCCCCAUGCACAUCUUGGCGCUGGUUUGGCAGCUCAUGAGAAGGUACACAUUGCUGGUGCUGUCAGACCUGGGCGAUGGCGAGAAGGUGGGAGAGCAGAUCAUUCUCAACUGGGUCAACACCACCCUCAGCCAAAAGCAAAAAGAUUCACACAUCAGCAGCUUCAGGGAUCUCCACAUCAGCACCAGCCUUCCAGUGAUCGACCUGCUCGAUGUCAUCGCUCCCGGUACCGUCAAGUGGGACAUGGUGAAGAGACCAGAGAGAGGCGUGAUGAAAACCGCCGACAAACUCAACAACGCCAAAUACGCAGUAUCACUGGCUCGAAAGAUUGGCGCUCGCAUCUACACUCUGCCUGACGACUUGGUGGAGGUGAAUCCCAAGAUGGUGCUGACGCUAUUUGCCUGCCUCAUGGGGCAUGGUUUGAAAAAGGCCCAUCGCUAAAGAAUAAUAACAUUCACUCAUAUGUUUUCCCCUUGUUUGAUUACUCAUUUAGCCUGUAAAGGUGAAGGAUGCAUUUAAAAAUACAUAGAAUCAUGCCUCAUUUAUACUAAAAUUGCAUUUUUCUUUUCUGUGACUAUUCCCAGCUGUAUUUUGUUUCAUUGGACAUUGGAGUGGAUGAGAAAAGCAGAAUGAUUGACUUUUUCACAGUGAAGCUUUAUGUCCUUAAAUGCUGUAAUGCAGAAAUGAUUAAAACGAAAGAUGUAUUUACGUAUGUUGAUUUAACCACAUACAAAUAAUCAAAAUCACUGA